UAAGAGUUUUCUGCACAAGAAGUACCAUUUCUUUGUCUCUUAGCUUUGAACAUCAAAUGAAGGACACACCUCAUUUCAAAAAAAGGAGAAGCACAUGGACCAUGGACCAAACUGGAAAACCCCAAACUGACAUCUAUGUGUUCCACAGCUUUGGUUGCAACAGACACAAAGAGGAAGACAUUUCAGUGAUUGCACAGCCCAUGUUUGUCUUCAAGAAGGAGCGACCUUGCAAGAGACCUGCAGAAGAUCCAGUGCACAAGACUGAAAACGUUCCCAGUGGAUCCAGAAAACGUGCAAGAGCUUCAUAUUUUUCUUUUCAGUCCUCUGAGUUGGAGUCCUAUAGAGGUACUGUAUGUUCCAAGAAACAAAUAAGAAAAUCAUCCUUUAUCAUCAUUCCAUUGUUUCCACCUUCUCAACCAGUAAAGAAGAACAAUGUAUUCAUGACUUCGGGCAUAUCAGAAGAUUGUAUUGAUGUGAAAGCAACAGAACAUGAUCUUCCAAGAAGCAACAGACAAAGAGAGGUUUUAAGGCCUGCCAGACUGCAGCCGCCACAAGUGACUAAAUACAGAAUGGAAAAGAAGAGAACUGAUGAAAAAAUUCUAGAGGAGAAUCAUGAAACAGACAAACAGAUGUCUGAAGAUACCUAUGCAUGGACUGAUGUCUCCAAAAAGAUUCCUUGCCCACUACAGAUUUCAAGCUCUAGCACAAUGCACAAUCGAUUAGCCCAAGACAGAACUGUUUCAGAAAGUGAACAUUCUAACUUUGUAUUUGGAGAAAAUAUAGUAGAAAGAGUUUUGAAACCUGAGAAAUCCCCGGAAUUGCAGUCUGAGGAUGGGAAGAAUAUCAGUGAAAAGAAACCUCUCUGUGCCCCAGAUUUCCAUACCAUUCCCCCAUGGGCAAACUUUGCCCAAGGCAGUUCAACACUAGCAGAAUCGGCUGCUGCUUACCUAUCUAGCAAAACAGCACAAAGAUAUUUAUUGGAGGAAAUAGAAAUCACAACAGGAGAAGAAGAGGAACACAACGUAUUGCAGAUCAACUGCAGGCUUUUUUUAUUUAAUAAAGCCCUGUUAUGUUGGACUGAAAGAGGCAGUGGUUGUUUGAGACUCAAUGAUACCUCCAGCAAUCAGCAUGGAAUGCUUCAGUCAAGACUGGUCAUGCGAAAUCAAGGAAGCAUGAGGCUUAUUCUUAACACCAAGCUGUGGACUCAGAUGGUGAUAGAAAGAGCAAACCGGAAGAGUGUGUGCGUCACAGCAACAGAUCUGGAGGAUGGUUCCGUCAAAGUUUUCCUAAUACAAGCCAGCACAAAGGACAUUGAAUCCCUCUAUGCAGCCAUCCAUCACCGUCUUGUUGCUUUGAAAAACUUUACAAAACAGGAAUGUGGUAUAAAUCAAGCGGAAUACAAGCUAGAUGUUCAGCCAAUAUCUUGUGACAGCGAUGAUGAAGAGAAUGAAAAAAGAUCUCCAGGGAGCAACAAUAGAUCAGGUUAA